AUGUUUAGUGGCCAGAACCCAUCCUUAAAUUCAGCAGGAUACGCCUUGCACGGAGACGCAUUCAUGGAAUCAGCCGAGUGUCUCAUGGAAUUGGAUCGCAAGCCGGAAGUAAAGAAAUGUCACGACGAGACUCUUGUUGAAAUCGAGACGGCUAACACUGAGACAGGGAUCGCAAUGGCGGAUAAGCUCGAUCGGAUGUGUGGGGCGCUGAACUUCUUCGCUGGCUGCGUGAAAUCUCCAAUUCAAGCAAGAAUGCGGAUCAUCAGCUUGGCAAGUCAUCUACAGAGUGCUCAAGGACACAACCAACACCCUAAUGCCAGGAUGUCAUUUUACUGGCGCCUCAGCCAAGCUUCAUCACACUUCAUCUGA